AGGUUCUCGGGAUGCCUCGUAAGUUAUCCGGACGUUGUCAAUGUCCGAUAGCUCCUUCUAUCCGGGUUCGUUUCAGAACACCCUGGUAUCGGCUUCUCAAUGCCCUGCUACAUAAUACGACGGGCCGUCGUGCUGAGGCUUUUCGCACCCACGCCCUUCGUUGCCCUCCAUGCGUUGGCGACACGCUCUGGCCCUGCCUUUGUAUGCAUCCGGCGUUCUGCUGGGGGUUUGCUCUCAAACGCAAUUCCCCGUAGGAGCCCAUGAACAUGACCUGCAACAUCUAAGACCCUGGUACGAACGUCCUGGAAAAGAUGCGACGGGCAACCUCGUUUUCCAGUCUUUGGCUUCGUUGCUGCAGUUGGCCCCGAACGCCAAGUAUACCAAUGGCCAUACAACUAUCCGUGCCAGUAUCCCUCCGGGUACCCUCCUCUACCACGGACGCCACAUGAAAGAGCCCCCGAUGAGGGACUGGAUUGCAUUUGACCCGGAGCAUUCUCAACCCUUUACAGGAGGUUGAACGGCACGCUCUUUACCUACAGCACCACGCGCGAACUCAAUCUGCUCUUCUUCGACGGCGGUAGUGGGAACAAGUUCGGUGGAACUGUCGAUGCACAAGACGUCCUCUUUUGGGGCGAAGUCAACUAUGAU